GUGGAAGCAGCCGCCUUUGAAGGGCUUAGAACAAACCACUUCCGUGCAAGCUGAUGAUGGGGCCUGGGGCACUUGUCAGAUUAGUCAGGACUGGGUAUUCCUGUCAUACUGGCAUUGGAAGUUGCGGGAGGCCCUGCCUGCCGUGGGGGACUCGGCUCUUCCGUUUGUCGCUGCUCUGGGCCCACCCCCUGCUUUCCAGACCUCAGUGGCUCCUCCAGGCCCUACCUUCCCGUCUUCCUGCUCAGCCUCUGACAGUGAACUCUCCUGGGGGCCUCUUCUGUAGGUCAGGGCUGGGUGGGCUGGGCGCAGAUGGAGAUGGCUGGAGAGAAUGGGUCUUUCGGGGUGUUGAGCCCCCACCACAUGGGUGUCAGUGGCUCCAUAUUAAGGUACCUCAUUUCCUGGACAGGUGGCUGGUCCAGGAGUGGGUGUGAGGCUUGGGUGGAGCAGAGGUGGUUGGGAGGAACCAGGGAGGAGCUUGGAGCCAGAUGGGACAUCCCUGGGUCUGGGUUAAAAAGCCAACAGUCCUCGGUCCUACGGCACUGCCUGUCAUUCCUGGCUCCGAGGACUCUCAGCUUCAUGGCUCUGGCAAAGGUGCCCGGGACGUGCUUGCUCACCAUUCGUGUUCUCCAGGCCCAUGGCCUGCCCUCCAAGGACCUAGUGACCCCCUCUGACUGCUAUGUGACACUGUGGCUGCCCACGGCCUCCAGCCAAAGGAUCCAGACACGCACGGUUAAGAACAGCAGGAACCCCAUCUGGAAUCAGAGCUUUCGCUUCCGUAUCCACAGCCAGCUCAAGAACAUCUUACAACUGCAAGUCUUUGACCAGGACCUUUUGACCAGCGAUGACCCCAUGUUGUCGGUGCUGUUUGACGUGGGGACUUUGCAGGCUGGGGCGUUCCGGCGUGAGAGUUUCUCCCUGAGCCCUCAGGGUGAGGAGCAGCUAGAAGUUGAAUUUCGGCUGCAGAGUCUGACAGACUGUGCUGAGCAGCUCGUCAGCAAUGGUAUCCUGGUGGCCCGGGAGCUUUCCUGCUUGCAUGUUCGACUGGAGGAGGCAGGGGACCAGCAGGGGUCAGAAGGCAGAGUUCAGCUUGUGGUUCCUGGAUCCUGUGAGGGCCCACAGGAGGCCUCAGUGGGUGCUGGCUCCUCCUUCCAUUUCCCAGCCUGCUGGGAGCAGGAACUGAGUGUUCACCUGCAGGGUGCCCCCCAGGAGCAGCUGAAGGUGCCCCUGAGGGCCCUGCCCUCUGGCCAAGUGGUGAGGCUUGUCUUCCCUACAUUCCAGGAGCCCCUGAUGAGAGUGGAACUGAAAAAAGAAGAAGGACCCAGGGAGCUGGCCGUGCGGCUGGGCUGUGAGCCCUGCGCUGAGGAGCAGGCCUUCCUGAGCAGGAGGAAGCGGGUGGUGGCCAAGGCCCUGAAGCAGGCCCUGCAGCUGGACGAAGACUUGCGAGAGGAUGAGAUCCCGGUGAUAGGCGUAAUGGCCACUGGCGGUGGGAUCCGGGCGAUGACGUCCCUGUAUGGGCAGCUGGCCGGCCUGAGGGAGCUAGGCCUCCUGGAUUGCAUUUCCUACAUCACAGGGGCCUCGGGCUCCACCUGGGCUUUGGCCAACCUCUAUGAGGACCCAGAGUGGUCUCAGAAGGACCUGGCAGGGCCCACUGAGUCGCUGAAGACCCAGGUGACCAAGAGCAAGCUGGGUGUGCUGGCCCCCAGCCAGUUGCGGCAGUACCGGCAAGAGCUGGCCGAGCGUGCCCGCCUGGGCCACCCAACCUGUUUCACCAGCCUGUGGGCCCUCAUCAACGAGGCGCUGCUGCAUGAUGAGCCCCAUGACCACAAACUCUCAGACCAGCGGGAGGCCCUGAGUCAUGGCCAGAACCCUCUGCCCAUCUACUGUGCCCUCAACACCAAGGAGAAGAACCUGACCACCUUUGAAUUUGGGGAGUGGGUCGAGUUCUCCCCCUACGAGGUUGGCUUUCCAAAGUACGGCGCCUUCAUCCCCUCCGAGCUCUUUGGCUCCGAGUUCUUCAUGGGACGCCUGACGAAGCAGCUUCCUGAGUCCCGCAUCUGCUUCCUGGAAGGUAUCUGGAGCAACCUGUAUGCAGCCAACCUCCAGGACAGCUUAUACUGGUCCUCAGAACCCAGCCAGUUCUGGGACCGCUGGGCGCAGGAUCGGGCCAGCCUGAACAAGGAACAGGUCCCCCUUCUGAAGAUAGAGGAGCCUCCUACAGCAGCCGGCAGGAUAGCUGAAUUUUUCACUGACCUUCUGACGUGGCGCCCGCUUGCCCAGACCACCCACAAUUUCUUACGUGGCCUCCAUUUCCACAAGGACUAUUUCCAGCAUCCUGUCUUCUCUACCUGGAAAGCCACCAAACUGGACGGGUUCCCCAACCAGCUGACACCUGCCGAGCCCUACCUUUGUCUGCUGGAUGUUGGCUACCUUAUCAACACCAGCUGCCUGCCCCUCCUGCAGCCCACACGGGACGUGGACCUCAUCCUGUCACUGGACUACAACCUCCACGGAGCCUUUCAGCAGCUGCAGCUUUUGGGCAAGUUCUGCCAGGAGCAAGGGAUCCCGUUCCCACCCAUCUCGCCCAGCCCUGAGGAGCAGCGCCAGCCUCAGGAGUGCCACCUGUUCUCAGACCCUGACUGCCCUGAAGCCCCUGCCGUGCUACACUUCCCCCUGGUCAACGACUCCUUCCGGGAGUACUCGGCCCCUGGGGUCCGGCGGACAGCUGAGGAGAAGGAGGCUGGAGAGGUGAACCUGUCUUCAUCCAGCUCCCCCUACCACUACUCGAAGGUGACGUACAGCCAGGAGGAUGUGGACAAGCUGCUGCACCUGACGCACUACAAUGUCUGUAACAACCAGGAGCGGCUGCUGGAGGCCCUGCGUGAGGCUGUGCGGCGGAGGCAGAGGCAGCGGCAGCAGCAGCGGCCCCAGUGAUGGCGGCACCCUGGCCUGGGGCUCUCCCCGGGCUCACUGCCCCUGACUUUUUCAGGCUUACUCCCCCACUGAUCUGGUUGCCCUGAGUCGAGUCGGGGCAGAGACUGUCAUUACCAGGUGUUGCAGAGCCUCGGGGGCUUGUGGAUGGUACUGUCGGGGGCUCCACCAUGGUGUGUGCCUAGCACCACCUAGGUGUGGCACUGAAGCCACCAGCAAGGCUGCCACAGACACCUCCGGGUAGGUCUAGAGUUCUACAUGGGCGGGGGCCUUGUGAUGUGGGCUGGAGAUGGCUUCCUUUGGAGCAAGGAGAAGAUUUAGAGGUUGUGUGGCAGCUGGAAAUA